UCUGCCACCAGUCUGCUCCAAUUUCUCAACGAUAGCACCACGAACUCCCCAAAUUUCUUUAAUUUAAUUUUUUUAAUUUUAAAUUUGGUAAAAAUGUGCGAAAGCGUGGUGGGUGAGCUGCACGCGGCCGCCUUCCUAGGCGACGGUCUCCGCGUGGACCAAAUUCUCGCCGGCCACUUGCACCUGCUGGAAGCAACCAACGAGUGGGGCUGGACGCCGCUGAUGCAGGCGGCCAAAGGAGGCCACCUCGGACUUGUGGCCACUCUUGUCAGCCACGGCGCCGACGUCAACGCCGUCAACAAAUUAGGAAUGGAUGUUUUGAGUUUGGCCAGUGCUAGUGGGCAUCGGCGGAUCGUCCUGCUUCUUAUGGAGCACGGGGCCAAAAGCGGAACGGCCGCUAUUUCGGCCGCAGUGCACGGACAUUCAGAAAUUUUCUCACAAGUUUCGGAAGUAUUAGAAGACCAGGUUUUGAAAAUUUCCAAUUCAACAAUUUUGCAUUUGGCCGUGGCCGUGGGAGCUGCGGAUAUUGUCCACGAGUCGGUCCGUCGUGGUGCCAACCCAAAUUCACGCGACGAAGCUGGAAUGACCGCCCUCGACUUGGCCGAACAAGAUGCAGACUCUGCGAGUAAGAGGGAAAUUCUCACAAUUCUCCGCAAAGUUUCAGACUGCACGUUGUCGGGCGAGUGGUCAGAGGGAGUGGUCGAGAGCAGCAGGGUCGGCGACCUGGGCCGUUUGUUGGUGCUGCUGGCCGAAAUGAGCACCAAGUGCAUGAUGCGCCAAGACCUGCACCACACGCACGAUUUCUCCAAAGCACUGCUCGCCGCCGCCGAAAACGGACAUGCACUUGUAACAAAAUACAAUUACAAAAAUUGGAAAUAUAAUAUAUUAUGGGAUAAUCGACAUUCUGCUCAAACAAAAAGUGAAUCUGAAUGUUUUUGGCACAAGUGGAAUGACACCGUUGAUGUUGGCCGCGUCCAGAGGACACGUGGAGGCAACGGAACGGCUGUUGGGUGCCGGUGCGGACUGCAAGGCGAAAAGCUCGGUCACAGGCCACACCGCCUUCGAACUGGCCUCCCUGUCCGACGAGACGCCGCCCGAACUGACGCGAAUCUUGGCCAAGCACACCAUUCAAAACGCGGAGGCCGCGACCACCCCUCGCACGCAACGCCGACUCCUAAAGUGGCCCCUGUCGCCGCAACCCUUCAAACGAAACUUGCUCGUUCCAAAAUCGCCUCACAGACCAUCCUCUCUUCCUGGCUCACCAACGUACCAAAGGUCACUCUCCGAGCCUGUUGAGCAGAAUAGAAACUCGCCGCUCAGGAUCAAACUGUUGUCGUGCAUAUCCAACAAGUAAGUCACGCGGCCCAAAAGAUAAAAACUUAUGCGAAUCGAAACAGAAGAAGAAGAAACGCACAAUGCAUGCCCAAGUGACUUCGCCUUGGCCCUACUUUUCGCCGCGUGAACUAUAUUUCCUAGAAUUUCGGGUCAGUUUCUACUAGAGAAACCACAUCACUUUUGUUUAUCUCCGGAAACGUGAUAUAUUAUAAAUUAGUAGAAAAUUGUAUCUAUUAUCUCCAUUGUGGUUUCCAUCAAAAGCAGCAGCAGAUGUGAAAUUAAUAAAAAUAAAUUUUCUUCUUCUUCAGCAAUAAAAUCGAAUUAGUAUAUAAA